GUUUAGGAAACGCCUAUUGCGGAAGAGGGUGUGGUUUUGGUGUAAUAUAAAAUCUUUCUAAGCAUCAUUAAGGCAUCAAAGCGACAAAAAUCACUUAUCAUCCAAAUAUGAAUCACCCCGGGUUUGGAGCUCCAGCUGCUGGAUUCCCAGGAGCGUUUCCUGGAGGAUUCCCAGGCGCGCAGCAAGAUCCUCUGUUUGGAUAUUUCACUGCGGUCGCUGGACAGGAUGGACACAUAACCGCCGAGGAGCUUCAAGCCUGUCUGACUCAGGCCAACUUUACUGGGGGCUACAGACCAUUCAACUUGGAGACCUGCCGGCUGAUGAUCGGCAUGCUUGAUCGUGACAUGUCGGGCAGUAUGAGCUUCAAUGAAUUUAAGGAGCUGUGGGCGGUGAUCAAUGGCUGGAAGCAGCACUUCAUGUCCAUUGACAGAGACCAAAGCGGAACGGUGGACCAACAGGAAAUGACCCAAGCAGUUACAUCUAUGGGUUACAGACUGAACCCUCAAGUGAUGAACUGCAUUGUGAAACGCUACAGUAACAAGGGAAAUAUCACCUUCGAUGACUAUGUGGCAUGUUGUGUCAAACUAAGAGCUCUGACUGAAAUUUUCCGCAGGAGGGACCAGGCCCAGCAGGGAAUGGCUUCGUUUCAAUAUGACGACUUCAUCCAGUCCAUUAUAAGCAUUUGAGAGAAAUGUUGGAACCAACACACCAGACUCAAUUCCAGCAUCUUCUUAUAUAUAAAGUAGUAUUUAGAGGGAAUGAGCUUGUUUUUAUACGAAUGCUUUUUUAAAUUUGCGCCUACAAACAGCAUCUGAAAAGAGUUGCUUUUAAUCUGUUAUGCUUUUAGUCCUGGACUUGCACUGGUGAAUAAAUGAAGCAUCGUUUUAUGGGACCAAACCACUGCGAAAAACAGUGUAACCCAAGGAUUGUACUCAGUAAAGCCAAAAUGUUGAUA